CGUGCUGACAUCACAUCAGCCAGCCCGGAAGUGUUGCCAUGGCGGCCCUGAGCGGCCUGGUGUCUUCGCUGGAGUCCUAUAGAGGCCGGGACCGCUUGAUUAGGACUUUGAGCUAUGGCUGUCAGCUGAUUGGUGGAUUUCUGACUGAGCAGUCUUCCGUCAAGUCUGAAAUAGGAAAGAGGCUUCUGGGAAUAUCUGCACAGCUCAGCCACUGCAGGACCGUCUUGCGGUUGUUUGAUGACCUGGCCAUGCUUGCAUACAGUAGGCAGUAUGGGCUGGGUGCUAAGGAGGAAGAUGCUAUCAUCCGCUGGCUGUCUGUCAUCAGUAACCUUGCUGAUCAGCUCUAUUACCCUUGUGAGCACGUUGCCUGGGCUGCUGAUGCUAAGAUUAUUCACAUCAACUCUACAAAGUGGUGGAUACUAAGCACAGCCCUUUGGGGCCUUUCACUUCUCCUAGGAACUCUACGAUCUCUGAAAAUUAUACUGAAUCUGAGAAGAAAAUUGAGAAAUCCUGAAGGAAAAUCUAGUAAAUCUUUUAGAAGAGAAAAGAAAAUGAUUGAAAUUCAGGUGAAGUCGGAAAUAUUAACCCUUCUUAGCAAUUUGGCUGAUCUAGCCAAUGCCAUCCACUGGCUGCCUCAAGGAUUCCUCUGGGCAGGACGAUUUCCUCCAUGGCUGGUGGGUCUCAUGGGCACUGUGUCCUCUCUCAUCAGUAUGUACCAAGCAUCUGGGCUUCACUCUGAAAAGUCUGAUGACUCUUGACAUCGAUGAUUGGUUUGAGAAACACUCAAAUGAGACUGAAAAUUCUUGGGAUCAUAGGUUGUUGGGAUCAAAGCAGGGCUUUUAAUUGCUCAAAAUAAUAAGAUGACUGGGAAACUUAAGAAAGAGAGCCAAAAAUUGCUACUCCUGAUCUGGGUUGGAUUAAUUUAAAGGAAUAAGACCCAAUGGAGGCACAUGAGCUGAGAGCUUCUUCAAAUAGGACAAAGAUAAAUGUCUUUUGGCCUCUAGUUAUGCAAAACUUCAGCAUUGUCAUAGUGGAUUCAAAGGGAUUGUUCUGGCACUGCCACCUAUGGAAAGAACCUUGCUUUUCCAUAGUCCAGAGAGAGGUAAAGUUGGGAACCUGGCUGAGCAGGCUCUGGCAGCCUCAGCUCUCUGGCUAUUCCUUCCCCUCAAAUCACAAAACAGCAGGCUUUUUGUGGGUGAGGAAUUGUGGAAUUGCUAGUAUUUGUGAGCAAAGGCUAGGAUUUCCCAGCUGUCUAGGACUUGAUCUACAGAGAGACCAAAACCACCUUCCUCAGAUAUGUUUAAGUUCUAUACCUAAGCAAGCCCUAACGGGGAUUUAGCUUGAUGAAUGGUUGGGCUAUUCUGCAGGCUAUGGGCUUCUCAGGAACCAGCCAACAUUAGUAACUAAUUGGCUCCUUUCACCUCACCUUCCAUCUGUUUUUUAAAUAAUAGCAUGUUAGGAAGGAGGAUUUCUUUUAGCUUGGCUGACAAAAAGUCUCUUCUCACUUUUGUUAGACAACAGGAAAUGUUUCUUUUGCUGACAUUUGAAAAGCAGAGAGAUCUAGCAGAAAGAAUGCUGGGCCUGGGAGCCAGGAGUCUUGGGUUCCUAUGAGGGCUUGGUCAAUUCCUCAAGCCUCUCUGGGCCUGUUUCCUAGCCUAUAAUAAUAUUUGCUCUGCCUUCUUCCACAGAUAGAACAAAGAUCAAAUGAGAUAUCUAAAACACCAUACAAUCAUGAGGCAAUAUUAUCCUUGGAGUCUAAAAGCAAAUCAACUAGAUUUUGUUUUUGAAAAUAAGUUUUAAAAAUAUUAUGUGCUAAUGACAAAUGAAAGUUUGCUUGGAUAAUCAGGAAUCAUCUGAUAUGUAUCUAAUAAUAAAAUGGAAGGUAGAAGAUCAA